AUGGAACUGGCACACCUCGAGGGCAUCGGCCUCUUCGAACGUCCAAGCCUCGCUGAUGCGCUCGGAGCGCUCGGUGGAGCGCUCUGUGGAGCGGAGGUGCGCCCGGAGACGGUCUCCGCGCCCUUGGAGGCGCCAGCGGCGGGCGGCUCACGCUGGAGCCCGGUGCAGCUGAAGGAGCAGUUGGAGAAGUUGCCAGUGCAUCAGCUUUUCCCUGAGCUCUGCGAGGAGGUGAUGGAGAUCUUGGAGAAGUGGUACCAGCGGCUCCCCUUGAAGGUUUGGAGCCGCAUGAUGAAGAUCUGCAAGGGCUCGGCACACCAAGUGCCCAGCGUGUUGAAGGAGUUGAACGAAUCAGCACCAGUGAUUCAACGCGUGCGGGAGUGGAUCGAAGCUUUGCCCAGCAGUUCUCCCAAGGCUUGCAUUUUGGACCUGGGCGCUGGCUACGGAUUCCUCUCGAUGCUUUUGGCAGAGUUGCUGCCACCUGAGAAGGUCAAGGAAUUCUGCCUGAUGGACAUGAGCUAUCCCAACAUGGGUGUGGACAACUCCAGCGGAAGCACCUCGGUGGAACACAUCUACAAGCUACCGUGGCCGAUUCCCAUGUACACCUUGAAGGUGGACCUGAAAAAGAAGAACACGUUGAAUCAGAUCGCUGAGAGGCUCCUGCACAGUGAAGAUCUUCGCUCGAGGCCCAUCUUCGCGUGUGGCAUCCACUUGUGCAACACGUUGGGCCUUCGAGCCGCCCAACUCUUCAACGAGAACGCCGAGGUCGCAGGCUUUGCCUUCGUGCCCUGCUGCUUUCCCACGAGCCGGCACGUCACGCAGCAGGUGGUCUACCAGCUUGGCCGACACCGCUUCGCGGCCAAGGACUUCCUAGAUCCCAAGGUGGUGCCUUCCAACACAGACCGCUUCCAGCGUUGGGCCGAGCACAUCUUGGAAGGCAUCGAGGUCUCCGGCGCGGAGAAGCGUUUGGAGCGGCACGAGCUCCACCGGCCGACCAACGGUAUGUUCGCGCAGAACCUCUAUCUCUUCGCGGAGCGGCCGCUGGAGAGCUCCCCCAUCGAGGUCGACGUGCGUGGGACGGCCAUUGUGGUAGAUGCGAAGUUCGGUCAUGGCAAAGCGAAGAUGAAAGUCGCCGUGGUCGGUUUUGGGCCGCGGGAGCGGGUUGUGGCCAGGUGGCGGAUUGAUACGGUCCCACCAUGGGAUUUCUCGGUGAUGAUUAAUCAUCAGGCCGCCAUGAAUGGACGCGUGGAGCAUCCAGAAUGGGAGGACGGAGCUGCGCUGACCCAGACCGCCGCGGUGUCGUAUCGCGCGCGGCGGUUUCGGGGAAGAGGAAACGAGUCGAACAACGACGAAACCGGCGAAACCGGCGUGAAACGGAAGGUUGCGACCCUGGCUGUUUUCCCGGUGGCCCAGUUCUCGGUGCCGUUCUCGGCCGCUCCCGCUGGGCAGCGGGGCUCGGAGAUCGAGCCGGAAGACCUGGCACACCUGGAGAGGAUCCUAGCGCCCUCUCUGAGCAUCGCCCCCAGCAGCAUCUCGGGUCUGGGUCUACACGCACGACGCGCCUGCGUACCAGGCACCGACUUGGCCAGCGAAAGGGCCUUCGUGUGGUGUGGCGCCUCCCGGGAGCGAGCCUCCAAGGGCUUCAAUGCUUCGGAUAUUUUUCCCAAAGAGCUCCUCACGGAUCCUGAUCACCAAUCCUGUGCCCUCACCGCGGUGCUGUGCUUAAUGCACACGCGGCUGACCACGGCCUCGAUCGGUGUUUGGUUCCGCGUGACCAGCCGUGGGCCGCGCCACUGGCUGAGCCCUUGGUGUCCCCAACGGCGCUGGUUGGAGCGACGCUGCCGGGUGGUUCCUUGGACUGGAAGGGGCAUCCUUUCGUGGCACCCCUUUGUCGCUGAAGAUCAGUGA